AUGCCUCGUUUGCUCAUUCUACUAUCGGCCACCGCUGCAGCUCUCGUUGCCGCUUCGGGCUACGAGCCUUACUACAGCGCCUAUGGCGGUUAUCAUAAGAACAUGGACAAGAAGCAUGGAGGAUAUGAGGCGGAUCAGCAUGGUUAUGGCUCCAACUAUGGGGUGUCCGAUUACGGUAGCCAGAAUGGAGAGAACGGAUACUACGCGGGCAAGUAUGGCGAAGGAGCCAAGAAGAAUGGCGACAGCUACUACGCCAAAGGUGAUGAGCACGGAAAUGGUGAUGCUGCGCAUGAGGAUGGAUUCAAGAAGGCUGGAGGAGCCUAUGGUGGUCGCAAGUUCUCCUACUUCAGCUCCGGAUCGGGACCAUAUGGAUCAUUCCAGAAGGGCUACUAUGGAUCAGAAGGUUAUGAGCACGACGACCACAAAUCGAAAUACUCGUCACACGCCGAAGACAAUGGAUUCAAGAAGGGAUACGACGGCGAGGGAGCUCAUCACGACGACAAGUACACCAGCUACGAUAAGGAGGACGGAGCCCACAAGAAGCACCACAGCAAAUACGACACUGGCAAAUAUGGAGCGAUGUCGGGCGGUUAUGGAAAUGAAGGGCAUGAGGAUGGAUGGCAUAACGAGCAACAGAAGUCGUCCUAUGGAUCCAAGGAUCACGGACGCUCCUACUAUCAUUAG